GAAAAUCCGAAAACACAAGGGGAGAGAGAGAGAGAGAGAGAGAGGGAGACUCAGUGUCAAUGCUAUGUUUCGUGCUUUUCUUGCCACAUUGUCCUAAACGAGCACCAACGCACAUCAGUUUUAUAUAUUUUCUUGUCACUUCCCCGCAAAACCAUCUCUAUUUCCAGUCCUUGCUUUGCAUGCUCCACGCACCAGGAAAAAAAACCCACAAGCACUAUACACACUCUGUUUCCAUGUACAACUAUGCAUGUUUCUCCUUUCAAUAGCUUUUUACACGAUUUAUCUGUGUUCCUAUGGUGUUUAAUCUUGUAUCACAAGAAAUGGGUAUUGAUCUUUUCUGUGAAUUAAUGACAGAGUUUCUCUGAUUCUGGUUGUUUGAAGUCAGUGGUUUCUGGGUUUUGUCUCAAUUGGGUUUUCCAGCGUUGAUGGGUCCUGUAAGAGGGUACAAAAAGAGGAAAAAGGUGGAGAAGAAGGUUGAACCUAACGCUUCAGCCUCUGGGUCUUCUGAAGAUGCCUCUCUGGAUUGGUGGGAUGUCAUCUCCCAGAGGAUUGCUGUCAGCUUGGGCAUAUGCUUCAUUUGUCUACUCUUCUGGAUUACCUCCUGCAUGUUUUUCUAUUUACGGAAUUUGUCUCCUUCAAAGGGUUUGGAUAAGUUCGAGUCAGUUUUUAAGAUAUCCAGGAAAACCUUCAACUAUAUUUGUUCACUUGUGAAGGAACAUAUGCUGUCGAAGUCAGCUCACUUCACAUUUGGUAAUGGAAAGCCAAUGUGUUUGAAUGAUCAAGUAGCUAUAGCUUUGAGAAGGCUAGGCUCUGGUGCAUCACUAAUUGCAGUUGCCGAAUUAUUUGGGACAAACCACUCAACUGUCUCUCAAGUGACCUGGCGUUUUGUGGAGGCUAUGGAAGAAAGGGGGCUUCACCACCUUCAGUGGCCUUCCACUGAACAAGAAAUCACGGAUGUAAAAAUCAAGUUUGAGAGACUUCAAGGACUUCCAAAUUGUUGUGGUGCAAUUGACACGACCCACAUUAGCAUGUUGCUGUCUUCAUCCGAAAUGCAAAGCAACGUGUGGAUUGAUCAGGAGAAAAAUCACAGUAUGAUCUUGCAGGCAAUCGUGGACCCUGAUAUGAGGUUUCGGGAUAUAGUCACUGGAUGGCCUGGAAAAAUGAAUGAUUUUGCUGUGCUUCAGAAUUCAGCUUUCUUCAAGCUGUGUGAAAAAGGAGAGAGGUUAAACGGGAGCAAGAUGAAGCUCUCAGAAGGUACUGAAUUAAGGGAAUAUAUAGUUGGUGAUUCAGGCUUCCCAUUGCUGCCCUGGCUUGUCACACCUUAUCAAGGGAAGGACCUUUUGGCAUCCAUGGCAGAGUUCAACAAGCGGCAUCUUGCAACCCGAGUGGUGGCAGAAAGGGCGUUGGCAAGGUUGAAGGAGAUGUGGAGGAUAAUUCACAGGGUAAUGUGGAGACCUGACAAGCAUCGGCUUCCUAGGAUUAUCCUCGUAUGCUGCAUUCUUCAUAAUAUCGUUAUCGACUUGGAAGACGAGGUCCUGGAUGAAUUGCCUUUGUCUCACCAUCAUGACUCAGGUUACAAGCAACAGAUUUGUGAAUUUGCUGACAAGACUGCUCUGGUUUUGAGAGAUAAGCUCUCCCUCUUCUUAUCUGGAGGACUUCCCCCUUGAGUAAAUUUGCUUCAUAGGUUGAAAGAGCUUGAAGAAGAAGGUGAUGAAGAAGCCAGCGAGCAUUCAGGUUUGAUUCUGGAUCUGGACCCUAAAUAAACUUCAUUGCAAGUUUAUAAGGUGAGAAAGGUGAAGAGACCCAGGUUGAGUGAUAGAAUUUAUUAUUAUACAAAAUAAAACAGCAAAAUUUUGAAUUCUAGGAGGGAUUGAUGUAAUCUAUAAUUUCAUAAGAAAAUCUGGAUUAAUAUCUUUUGAUUUGUUUAAAUGAACAUUUUGAGUCCCCCAUACUCGAUGUGAAGCAUAUGAAUCACACUGAAGAUAAGCUUCCCCUGGAGGUUGUU